AUGAUUGGGAAGGGGGGAAGCUGCGCAUAUGUAUUGCAAGAUAUCGGGGUGGUAGUGGCGACCCUGAGUGCUCCUAUCGCUCCUGCCUCUGCUUGCCUGAUUCCACAGCACAACGCCGUCCAGGCGAAUCCUACUCACUUGUUCUUGAUCAGCUUCAGCUUUUCGGUUUUCCGUCGUGCCACAAAACAGGGAGACGGUUGUCUCACCAUUCACCCGAGUGAACGGACCCCUUGA